UAAUGUUUCAUUUUUUCGAUAUGAUCUCCAGCAAGAAAUCGCUGUUGAUAUGGGCCUAUGCUAUAGGAUGCUUUGAUCUGAUCAGCGCAUUGCUUUUUUCCAUGGUCAGUUUGAAGACAAUUUGCGAUCACCUGAGUUGGCUGACGAUUUUUGCCGCUGUUUUUGGCCUUUUCUGGAUAACAAUGAUUGUGAUGCUGCUGGUUGGCAUUCAUGGGCGCCAUCCCAGAUGUGUUCGUGCCUGGAUUAUCUUCUCCUGCGUGGGAAUCAUGGUCGAGAUGUGCCUGGUGUUGUAUGCCGUUUUCAACGAGAGCACCUUCCAAAUGGGUCUGAUCAAAAAUGGACUUUUACUCAUGGUGGGAUUGAUUGUGGAGUGCAUUUUUCUGUACAUCGUUCAGCGGUUCUACGUGACUUUGGCCUUUUGCCAAGCCUGUCAUAAAGCUAUAGCCUCAAGAAUAGCACAACAGCAGGCUUGUAUGGAAUUGGAAGGAGAACACAGUCACCAAAAGCAUCAUUAUAACUUGGGCGAACCCAAAAGACCUAUUGAAAACCAAAAGCGCAGGGGAAAAAUAGUUCCAAACGCUCCAACACAACCAAUGAAGAUGGGUCUUUUCAGACCUUCAGACAUCAGCUCGACAACGUAA